AUGGAUGACAACACGAUCACAGGCGAGGUUGCCUUUGACGCACCCGGCGCCGGCAAGCCAUGCAAGACUUGGUAUAAGGUCCUUGGCAACAUCGGCGCCUCACAGACCCCGCUGGUCGCGCUCCACGGAGGCCCGGGCGCCGGACAUGAUUACCUAGCCGCUCUAUGUGACCUGCACGAGAAGCACGGCAUACCCAUCGUCUUUUACGAUCAAAUCGGAUGCGGCCGCUCAACCCAUCUGAGAGAAAAGAUGGGCGACACUUCGUUUUGGACAUUCGACCUCUUCGUCCGGGAGCUUGACAAUCUCAUCAACCACCUGCAUCUCAGAGGAGGCUUCUAUCUCUACGGCUCCAGCUGGGGGGGCAUGCUGGCGAGCUACUAUGCCAGCACGUCUCCCCCAGGUCUGAAGAAACUCAUCCUACUUAGCGCUCCGGCGAGUGUCCCACUCUAUGUCGAGGGCUGCAAGGGACUGCUGGCGGGGCUACCCGAAGACGUCCGCCGUACCUUGGAGGAAUGCGAUCGCAAAGGCGACCAUGAGAGCGACGAGUUCAAGACUGCUGCGCAGAUAUUCAUGAAGAAGCACGUCUGCCGAGUCGAUCCCAUGCCUGAGGCCGUCCAGCGAUCCUUGGACAACCUCAAGGAUGACCCGACGGCGUAUCUGACCAUGCAGGGCCCUUCUGAGUUCAUCAUAAUCGGGAAAGCUUUCAAGGACUGGGAGGGCUUUAGAUUCGGCCACAAGAUUGCCGUCCCCACGCUGCUCAUCAAUGGGCAGUACGAUGAGGUGCAGGAUACGAGCUUCGAGCCUUGGUUCCACACAAUUCCCAAAGUAAGAUGGGUGACUUUAGAGGGCGCUAGUCAUAUGUCUCCUUGGGAGGCACACGACAAGUUCACCCAAAUUGCUGGGUCAUUUUUGACAUCUAACAUAGCUGUUUGA